AUGGCCUCUUCUUUGCAAUCUGCCGGGUUCAAGGACGUGUUGAACAAUGCCUACGAUGUGUGGCAGCAAGUUCGCAUUCCCGUAAUUCUGUUCGCGGCUUUUGGCCUUCUUGUUCUCCGUUUCUAUCUCCAUAGCACCGACGAGAAGGGGGAACUGAAGGCGCUUCCCAAGGUCUACAACACAGAAAAGCCCCAGUCUAAGCCCAUAGACGAAAAGAAGGACGUAAAGAAGGACGAGAAGAAGGAUAUCAAACAAUCGUCAUCAGAUUCUGUCACCGAAUCGAAAGCGCCCAAGUCGAACGGACCCAGAAGGAUAAAGGGCGGUCUGGUCAAACGGGUCUCUUCGGACUCGGCAAACGCAGAAACCCUAGUCCGCAAGAUUAGGCCUCUGGUCUUCUUCUCGAGUAUCACCGCAAACACGCCCAAGAUCGCAAAGGAAUACGCCGAGCGCCUAGAGAAGGAGCUGCAGAGGUCCGCCACGGGCACGGGCUGCUCGUUCACGACCCCUGAGGUACUCGAUCUUGCCGAUGUCGACUUUGACGACUACUUCAUCACUCCGCCCAAGUCGGAGAACGAUCCUGCCGAACUAUUCUACCUCUUUCUGCUGCCGAGCUACAACAUUGACACGAUCAAUGACACCUUUUUGGAACACCUCCAGGAGACUCACCAUGACUUCCGUAUUGACACCGCACCGCUGUCUUCGCUCCUUGGAUACUCCGUAUUCGGCUUUGGUGACAGGGAGGGUUGGCCGACGGAAGAAGAUGGGUUCUGUUUCCAGGCCAAGCAGGUCGACAAGUGGAUGGCCAAGCUGACGGGACGGAAGCGAGCCUUUCCCGUAGGAAUGGGUGACACAAAGAGGGACUACACCGAACGGCUAUCUGAAUGGUCCGAGGGCGUCGUCGAUGUGCUCACCAUGCUGGCAAAGACAGGUAGCCUGGGAGAAGGUCUCCCUGGAAGCGGCGCCCCAGAGGAGAGCGACGACGAAUCCGCGGAAGAAGAAGACGACGAGGUCCUGAUCGAGGACUCAGAAGCGAAGCCCGAGAAGCUCAAGAACCGCAAGAACAUUGACGAUGUUGAAGACCUGGGACGCAUCAUGAAGAGCUCCAGUCCAGACACAGACACAACCAACCGCACGGCAGCGGCACCCAUUGCCGUUGACUUCACAUCGUACGGCAAGACGACGCAGAAAAAAACGCCCAUGUCCGCUGCCAAGGAGAUGGUGCCUAAGAACUCGCCUACCUACGCAUCGCUCACAAAGCAAGGCUACUCCAUCGUCGGCUCGCACUCAGGCGUCAAGAUCUGCCGCUGGACCAAGUCAGCCCUUCGCGGUCGCGGCUCGUGCUAUAAGUACUCGUUUUACGGCAUCAACUCGCACCAGUGCAUGGAGACGACGCCUUCCCUGUCGUGCUCCAAUAAGUGUGUCUUCUGCUGGCGUCAUGGAACGAAUCCGGUAGGCACGACGUGGCGCUGGGUCGUUGACCCGCCCGAGCUCAUCUUUGACGGCGUCAAGGCCAACCACUACAACAAGAUCAAGAUGCUCCGCGGUGUGCCAGGUGUCCGUGCCGAAAGAUUUGCCGAGGCUAUGCGCAUCCGGCACUGCGCCCUCUCCCUCGUCGGCGAGCCCAUCUUCUACCCAUACAUCAAUGAGUUUCUUGGCAUGCUCCACGCCGAGCGCAUCUCGUCUUUUCUCGUCUGCAACGCCCAGCAUCCGGACCAGCUCGCCGCCCUCAAGGCCGUGACCCAGCUGUACGUCUCCAUCGACGCCUCCAACAAGGAGUCUCUCCGCAAGAUCGACCGCCCGCUGCACCGGGACUUCUGGGAGCGCUUCCAGCGGUGCCUGGACAUCCUGAGGGAGAAGCGCUUUAAGCACCGUACCGUCUUCCGCCUGACUUUGGUCAAGGGCUUCAACGUCGACGAUGAGGUCGAGGGAUACGCCCAGCUCGUGGAGAAGGGCCUGCCGUGCUUCGUCGAGAUCAAGGGCGUCACAUACUGCGGCACCUCGACGGCGUCCAACGCCGGCCUGAGCAUGUCUAACGUGCCCUUUUACUGGGAAGUGGCCGAGUUCGUCAAGGCGCUGGAGAAGAGGCUCAACGAGAAGGGUCUCAAGUACGGCAUCGCGGCGGAACAUGCCCACAGCUGCUGUGUUCUGCUUGCGAGCGAACGCUUCUACGUAGACGGCAAGUGGCACCCCCGCAUCGAUUAUCAGCGCUUCUUCGAACUGCUAGAGGAGCGCGGACCGGACGGCAACUGGAAGCCGGAGGACUACAUGGGCGAGGCGACGCCCGAGUGGGCUACCUGGGGUAACGGUGGCUUCGACCCCAGGGACGAGCGUGUGGACAGGAAGGGCAGGAAGAUUGAAAGCUAG